GGGGUAUACAUUAGUAGGGAUUUAUCUGUUUUUCACAUUUUCUUUUCUUAGUAGUACAGAAUUAGGCAAGCCAUGAUUGAUUGCACACUCCAGCACAGUAGGCGGGGCAUGCACAUUCAACGUUUGUUUGCGAACCGCCACCGCAAUGACAUCAUAGAAGAAGACCCAACCAAUGGUUGGCCAGCUAUAUACCGAAUCCAUCCGAGUUCAGCCGAUGAUUUCCGGCGUCGUCGAACCAGAUUUUGACCCGGAGCAGUUGUUUACUAUCGUUGAAAUUUGAUCGAGGAUUGCAAAGACAUCACAAAUGGUAAUGUUGGUUAACUAAAUUAAUAAAGAGAGGCGUUUUAUUGUAUGUGAAUUUCACGGUUAGUUGCCUAGCAUUGAGGUAGAUUCGUGCUAGUCCCUGGCUAAGGUAGGUAAAUUAGCCAGUAAUUUGGGGUAUUAAGCAAAGAUGGUGGAUAAAGGAAUAUAGUUCACCCUGGCCGUUUACCAUUGAAAAAAAGGUAAGUUCCGGUCUACUUAACUGGGUGUGUCUCCCAUAGGCACCAAUGCAAUAAUGAACCAGAAAAAAACAGUGAGUGGGUUGUCUCGCUUCCUUUUUCGUCUGUGGUAUCAUCAAGAUCCAUAUUACUAGCGAAUUUGCCAUCUGGAACGCGGCAGAAUUCGUUUGUAAACAAAUGUCUCAUUGCGCAGACCAGUACGACUCGAUGUAGAGUGACAGUGAAGUGUCAGACUUCGAGCCUGCACCGGGGCUUGUGAGCACUAUGGAGGGGGAGAAGGCACCGGUGUACUGCAUUUGUCGAAAACCUGACAUCAAUUGCUUCAUGAUUGGUUGUGACAAUUGCAAUGAGUGGUUUCAUGGUAACUGCAUCAAUCUCACAGAGAAGAUGGCCAAAGCUAUCAGGCAGUGGUACUGCCUGCGAUGCCAAGACGACAACCCAUCAUUGGAGAUAAAAUACCGUCCAAAGAAGAGCCGUGAAAAGGAGGCAGAGAGCCAGAGAGAGUCAGAGAGAAAUUUUGAAAGACAGAACAGCACUCCAGAUUAUAAAUCUGAAAAGCGCUGUGGAUCAAAUGUUAAGCGCUCCGCUCGUAUGUGUGGGGAGUGCGAGCCCUGCUUGAGGACUGAGGACUGUGCCACAUGCGACUUCUGCAAGGAUAUGAAGAAAUUUGGUGGUCCCAACAAAAUAAGACAGAAGUGUCGAUUUAGGCAGUGUGAUGUCCGAGCCAGGAAAAUGUUGCGUGUGAAGGAUGAAGAGUUUAAUUUGCGUGAAAGGAGGGAUAAUUCCUACCACCGGCAAAGACGAUAUUCAGAUGACUACGAUAGUGAGGCAGAACUCUACGAAAAGUACAAGGCGGCAGGAUACGACGAAAACAUGCCAUGGCUCAGUAAUGAGGAGGACGGCCCUCCCUUCAGCCCUGUCCUGCGAAAGAAAGCUGUUAAGGUCAAGCAUGUGAAGAGACGUGAAAAUAAAUUUGACAAGAAAAAAGAGUCACGGCGGCACAAACCGAAGCAGAAGCACAAGGACAAACUUCGGCACAACAAUAAGGGCGAUGCCAGAGAUGGAGGAGGGCAGCGGCAGUGCCUCGGGCCCAGCUGUGUUGAGGCAGCACGUGCCAACUCCAAAUACUGCUCAGAGGAAUGUGGCAUAAAGCUGGCUGCCAACCGGAUCUUUGAGAUUCUCCCUCAGCGUAUCCAGCAGUGGCAGCAGAGCCCCUGUGUCGCUGAGGAGCAGGGCAAGAAGCAACUGGAGCGGAUCCGGAGGGAUCAGCAGAACGCCCGCAUACGCCUCACCGACAUGGAGAAACGCUUCCAUGAGCUGGAGGGCAUCAUUGCCAAGGCCAAGCAGCAGGUGGUCCAGCAGGAUGAGGAGGCGAAUGAAGGGGAUAAUGAAGAAACAGAUCUGCUGAUUUUCUGUGUGUCCUGCAGUCACCCUAUCAACCCAAAAGUGGCAUUGCGACACAUGGAGAGAUGUUAUGCUAAGUAUGAGAGCCAGACUUCUUUUGGUUCCAUGUACCCAACUAAGAUCGAAGGAGCAACAAGACUGUUCUGUGAUUUGUACAAUCCCCAGAGCAAGACCUACUGCAAGAGGCUUCAGGUCUUGUGCCCAGAGCAUUCCAGGGACCCAAAGGUCCCAAGGGAUGAGGUGUGCGGCUGUCCUCUGGUCCGUAAUGUGUUUGAGGUGACGGGAGAGCACUGCAGGGUUUCUAAGCGCAAAUGUAAUAAGCACUACAACUGGGAGAAGCUCAGAAGAGCCGAGGUGGACCUGGAGCGUGUCCGAGUGUGGUACAAACUAGACGAGCUCUUUGAGCAGGAGCGCAACAUGAGGACUGCUAUGACCAACAGGGCAGGUCUACUUGCUCUCAUGCUGCACCAAACCAUUCAGCACGACCCACUGACAACGGAUCUCCGUUGCAACAAGGACAGAUAGACAGCCACAUCUGCAUCUUCAUGUUAUUUCUGAGUGGCAUUUUUGUACAUUUGUCAGAUUUAUAGUAUAUCUUAGAAUAUAAUCCUUUCCAUCUUUUUGUAGAGACUUCGGCUAUUUUUAUUAAGGAUUUUAUGACUUUUGUGCUGAAAUUGAUUAACUGAAAUAUUUGAAUGGUAAAUUAAUAUAUUUGUCCUUGUUUCCAGUACUAUUGCUGCACUGUCACUGCUGGUAUCUCUCUAGUCAAGAAAAUAAAGGAUAUGUGUACAACACAAGAAGUUGA